AAUAAAAAGCAUCACCAAAAUUUUAGCCCAUUGUUUUCUUCUAUCUAUCAAUUUUUCUUUCUCUAACGAAGAAAACCGAAAAGAGAAAGCAGAGAAAGAUGCAGAUCUUUGUUAAGACCUUGACUGGUAAAACCAUCACUCUUGAGGUUGAGAGCAGUGACACCAUUGACAACGUCAAAGCCAAGAUUCAGGACAAGGAAGGCAUCCCUCCAGACCAGCAGAGGUUGAUUUUCGCUGGUAAGCAAUUGGAAGAUGGCCGGACUCUUGCUGAUUAUAACAUUCAGAAGGAGUCAACACUUCACUUGGUUUUGAGGCUUAGAGGAGGAACUAUGAUCAAAGUCAAGACUCUCACUGGAAAAGAAAUUGAGAUUGACAUUGAACCUACUGAUACAAUUGACCGUAUAAAGGAACGUGUUGAGGAGAAGGAAGGAAUUCCUCCUGUGCAACAAAGGGAAGAAAAGGUCCGGUCGUCAGUGGGAAAAGAUGAGGGAAUUGUUCAAGGUUUUGGUCUUCAAGGACGAAGUGAUUAUGAGUGAACAUAAAAGCAGCUUUGUUGAGCCUACUUAGAAAUGAAAUCAUUUAUUCAAUUCUGAAGCUUUAAACAACAUAAAUAAAUUCUACAACCAUUUAAAGUUAAAGAGUUUUCUGUACAUACGCAGACUUGUAUUUUUCGAGAAUGAAGGCAAGUUGGGUAUAUGAAAUAACUUGUAAUCUCAGGGUACGUAGAAUGGUUUUGUAGUUUAAUAGGGAGCCCAUAUAAUGCAGAUCGUUAUUCGACUAGUUUGCUCUUGGUUAGAAGAUUCACAGGGGAUUGUAACUUGUAAGCUGAGCCCAAAACUGAUGACUUAAUCUAAGACAUGGAAUUAAAGAGAUUGUAAAUUUGUGAGCUA